AUGGAUGACAGAACUGUUGUAACUGAAUGCACUGCUGAUUUGGAGAUCGCAGUCAAUGCUUGGAACCAAUUUUCGCUUGAUUUCCACCUUCUUGAGAAUAUGAACAAACUACAGCAAGCUGAUUUGGAUAAGGAGUGCAAAACACUGGAGGUCCUUGGGGCUAUCAUUGGAAAGCCUGCGAAAUGGGGCUUUGGCACCUACCCCAAACACCAACAACAAAUUGAAAAAGCCAAGAAAUGGAUGAGAAGAGUUGCUCUACUGCCCUUCGGUUGGAAAGGUCGCCUGAGGGACAUCGCUGUCUUUUGUAAGUCUGCUAUGGUUUAUGGAUGGAUCUCUGGAUUGCCUACGAAAGAGAGGAGAUCGGCGUACAACAUUCUCAUAUGGAAAGUUUUGGGGCACUUCAGAUUUGCCCCUGUUCCCUUGCGCUCUCUUGUGGGAAGCUGCCACAUUGACUUUGAGAAAGCCAACCUGCUACGACAAUUGCAUGUGCUUGCGCAUAGAAACAAAGAGCUGCUGAAGUACAAUCUGGGAUGUCGCACUAACUUGGACCAGAUGGUGCAUGAUGGCCUGGAGGAGUUUGGUUGGUUUUUGGAUCAGGAUAACGCUUGGCAGCAUCAAUACUUUGACUUCAAAUUCAACGAGCACGAGGUGACAAACAAACAAAAAUGGAAGAAAAUCUCCCAUGAGAUCAGAAUGAGUAUGAGAUAUAAAGAAUAUCAAGCCUUAGCUGCGUCUGAGAGGCAUGAAAUUGCUGGAUGCGAACUUCCUGAAUUUUGCUCUUCUAGAUUCCAAUUGAUGCGAAAGUGGAUCAAAGGGGACAAGCAUAUCGAUGGUCGCAGAAUUGCCUUUGCGAUUGGGUCGGUUCAGUCCCCUUACAAUGCUGCUGAGAAUCACUACAAACCGGGCACGGAGUGCCAUGUGUGCGGGACCAAGCAUGCACUGGGAUCAUAUCUGGACUUGCUGCUUGAAUAUGCAGAUCCCGUCGGAUCAGCUUUUCAGAAGAUUUCUUUGGCCACGUGGACAUUUUCACUUCCGCCACUGGCAACCGGUUCAGAUGGCACUGACGAGUUUCAUGACACUGAGGAUGAGGGAGCUGAAGUGGUCAGCGUCGUGCACUCUGAAACCAACUCCUUUUUUAGCAUGCCAAAUUUCAUCAAAGGUUGGGUCCUUGAAGCUGAACAAGCAGAAUGGGAUCGUGAAGACUUUGUACAGUGGCUUCACACCUUUGAGAAUGACGAGAACAAUUUUUUGCCGCCCAUUGAUGCCACCUGGGUAUCAACGUCUGACAUCAACGCAGAGAUCUCAGACCUGGGCCUGCUACAAGAGGAAACCGAGAAAAGAAGGGAACCAGGAGAUCAAAAGGAUCAUGAAGUUGUGAAUGCAGCUGACGAUCCAUCAACCUCUCUUGAAGCUUCCCAAGAAGAUAUUGCACACUUUUUGAAACCCGCAGAGGAAGACGAUGAAUCAGAGAUUGCGAAGGAGGAUGAAGAUGAGGACACAAAAGACAGCGAUAUCACUGGCAUUGAGAAUACCAUCAGCCGCAUUGAUCUGGAUGACGAGCCAAAGAUCGAUGACAAAGACCAGGGAUCCAUCAUCAACACCUUUUGCUUGCUUUUUGAGAAAGAUGACAUAUCAUGGGCUGACAUCAGUGAGGUGGUGCCGGAGCUUCAAACGCCACCAAAAAAGAAAAGAGAUCUCAAUGAAUGUUUGGAGAGACUUGCAGAUUUGAUCAAAGCCAAUGUGAAGGACGAGGACUAUCCACAGGUCGAAGAGCUGAUCAACGAAGCGAAGAGCCAUAUUGGAAAAAGCGAGGAACAGAAAGCUGGUGGACAUGGCACUCCAGCCAAAGUUGAUGCGAAAGCUGACUUGGAGAUCAACAAGAACAUGCUCUUGGUUGCCAAGAAAACUAUGAUGGAUGAGGUACCAGAUACCUGUCAGAUUUUGCUCCUUCCUUGGAUUGGCAACCUUGCCAUGAUCGAAGCCGUUGUUGGGAACCUCAACAAAGAGACUCCAAAGCUCGAAGGAGAGAAGAUCACUGAAUGCAAAAUGCAGUUCACAAAAAGGGAGGACCUUGUCACUUUGCGACUCACUGCGCCUUGGAGCUGCAUCCCGGAGAAAGACAAGCAAAUCCUCAAAAAGAAGCCUGAAUAUGCUGCCCAUUUGCUCAACCCUGAAUUGAAGGAAGUCAAGACCAACAAAUGGGAAACCACUGACACUUUGCUCACUGGUUAUGUGCUUGUCGACAAAGCUGUACUACAGAGGACCUUGGGAUGUUCAGGCAACAAUGGAAUCUUUGUGACGCGUUUGGCACAGGAUAUCAUCACCAAACCAAAUGCCCUUUGGAUCAGCCGCAGUGAAAACGAGACUGAUGAAAGCUACUUUGCAAGAGCACGCAAAGAGGCCAAUGGGGCACCAAUGACAUGGAGAAGAGGUGGAGGUAAUGACCUUGGAUAUCAAUGCAGUGACGAUGAAAUUCAGGAGAAGAGUUGGGCACUUUGGGGAGUUCCAGCAUUCAAUGGACCAGGCCUUGUUGAAGAAUGGCUUGAACAGAAAGAUGGUUCUGUGAGCAUUUUGCGUAUGAUUCUGUUGGACCAACACAAGUCAUUGAUGCCACGAUGCCUGACAGUCCAACAUGAAGCCAACAAAUCAAUUGAAGUCAAAUCGCCUCCCAAAAAGAAGGCGAAAGCAGCAGGACUCCGAGGAGGACAAACUGGACCUGAAGGGACCAACCUUCGAACCAUUGAACUGGGAGGAACAGGAGAUCGCGGAUGGCGAAGUCUUGCAUUUCAGCUUGCUGCACUCAAUUCAGGUGGCGGCAACCUUGCUGACAGUGUUAUGACGAAGCUUCCUACGCUUGGCAAGGCCUUGAGGAGUCAAGCCCUUUAUCAUUUAUGUGAAACAGACAAAGAAUGGCAAGCUUCAUGGGCGCCUGACAAUGCUUGGGACAACAUCACUGAAGGCGGCCCACCUGCAAAGGACCUCAAAACCUUUGUCAGCGAAGUCCUACAUCGUGAACAUCGUUGGAUUUUCCACUACGGGCUCAUGGCAGUUGCUGUAAUCAAGAAGAUCCACCUGGUCAUUUGGCAAUAUCGUGGAGAAGACGAAGAUCCUUGGACCAAGAUUGCAGUCAUUUCCCCUGAUGACACCGACAAGGGCAAGAAGAAAUUCCAAUUGUCCACUUGGCAAAGGACUGACAUCAUGAAAAAAGACAAGAAAGUCUCUCUGGUUGCAGAUGACCAGAAACAAAAACAAAAGAUGAAGGAAGGCAUCCAAAGAAAAGCGCAUGCACGAGCUUGCAAAUUGGGGCAUACGCCUAUCCAUAUUUCUUUCUUGAAGCAGAAGAAGUGCCAGACGAUUCAGUUUUGCACUACCUGCCUUCAAGCUGCGUCUCAUUCCAGAAAGUGGGGAACUCCUUGCAAAGGGCAUGCCGAUCUCCAACUUCGAAUUCCCCCAUCUCUGCAAUGGUGGAAGCACCACUUCAAGUUGAUCGGCAAGGACAAGCUGCGCAAUGAGAUUGGACUCUCUUUCUCACAGCUGAAAAUGAUUGAGGCAAGUUUGGAAAAGUUUGAGAUUGACAGAAAGAAGAGGAUCACCGACAAGAAGCGAAGACUCAUCAAAGGCAUCUUCACGAAGAAAGAAUGCAAAGCCAGAAGACUUGCUGGACUCCGAAAAAGAUCCGUUGACAUUGCGAUCAACUACGGCCAUUCUCCCUUGAAGCUUCGAACAUUGAACAGCGAUCUGGAUGGCAACAUGCGUGCUCACUUGUCCUUCAACCUGACAUUAGUCGACCUUGGCCACAGCAAGUGCAAUAUCCCUAUGGCCAGAAGGAAGCUCAGGAACAAGAUUAGCCGCGCUGAUGAACUACUUCGACAACUACGCAAGGAAAACCCUCUUCCACAAACUCGUUUCAAGAUCCAGCGAAUGAAGGAGAAGCUUUUCAGAAAAUCGGAUGACAUCGAUGAGGAAGAUAUCCUGAACUCUAUCCAUAUUUGGGAAGAUGAACUCCUGAAACUUGAAGACCAGGAUAAAGAUGCUGCCAUCACUUUGUGGAAACAACGUAUCAGCAAAGACCGUGGAUAUAGAUGCAACUGGGUCACCAAGAAGAAGAUUAGCUAUUAUCCUCAAGUCCUUCACAAUGAUCAAAUUUCCAGCACCAAAGCCAUGGCUGUCAGGUUUAUCAAAGAGUUUGACGACGAGAUGAAACAGCAGAUUGCAAUGUCAGAUGCGGAGCGUGCCAAAAGAAUCCAGGAGAUCACAGAGCACUAUGCCCCAUACAAACCUCAGCGCAAAGGUCGACACGAGAUCCAACAUCUGCAUCUUCCUGAGAUGACCAUUGAGCGCAUUGAACAGGCGAUUGACAUUGGACAGAAUGACAUCCUUAUUGAGGACAAGCGCGAUGAGAACUUGAUGUGGGCCACAAGCGGCGUUGCUUUGACCCUGGAGGACGACAACAACUUUGCGACUGAGGGGGUCAGCAAAGACUUUCAGCAAUUUAUCCCAAAAUACAUCAAAACUUGGAUCCAGGAAGCCAAAGAGUGCGACUGGGAUGAGUCUAUUUUUGUACAGUGGCUCAGAGAUUUUGAUGAGACAGAAGACAAUUUGCACAUAAAUAUGCGCAUCACAGAAGAUUCAUGGCUGACAACUUCUGUGAUUGACAAAACCGCUGAGUAUAUUGAAGCCGAGGAAAGCAUCAGCAUAGAGGACCUACUGAAACCUUGCGAGGGAGAUGAGGAAGAUGACAAUUUCAAUGAGGAGAAUGCCAAGUUCUCAGAAAGUGAGGAGGUUGCAGGAAAAGAGGUUUUAGAGAAGAAGGACGAGGGGCAAGGUGCUCCUGACAAAAACAUUGGAAGUGAGGAGAUUGCGGCAGAGAAAGAGGAGAUUGCAGAGAAGAAGGACGAGGGACAUUGCGUCCCUAACAAGACUGAGGAAAGAAUUGAAGCGGCCCUUUUUGGUGAGGCUGCCAAAGCAUUUGAGGAGGUUGCAGAGAAGAAGGACGAGGGGCACCGUGUCCCUAACAAGAUUGAGCAAAGAAUCGAGGCGCCUGACAGCGAGGAUAAUGCCAAAUCAUUUGAGGAGGAUGCAGAGAAGAAGGACGAGGGGCAGUGUGCUCCUGACAAAAACAUUGGAAGUGAGGAGAUUGCGGCAGAGAAAGAGGAGAUUGCAGAGAAGAAGGACGAGGGACAUUGCGUCCCUAACAAGACUGAGGAAAGAAUUGAAGCGGCCCUUUUUGGUGAGGCUGCCAAAGCAUUUGAGGAGGUUGCAGAGAAGAAGGACGAGGGGCACCGUGUCCCUAACAAGAUUGAGCAAAGAAUCGAGGAAAGAAUUGAAGCGGCCCUUUUUGGUGAGGCUGCCAAAGCAUUUGAGGAGGUUGCAGAGAGGAAGGAUGAGGGACAAGUUGUCCCUUGGGAGACUGAGGAAAGAAUUGAAGCGGCCCUUUUUGGUGAGGCUGCCAAAGCAUUUGAGGAGGUUGCAGAGAGGAAGGAUGAGGGACAAGUUGUCCCUUGGGAGACUGAGGAAAGAAUUGAAGCGGCCCUUUUUGGUGAGGCUGCCAAAGCAUUUGAGGAGGUUGCAGAGAAGAAGGACGAGGGGCAGUGUGCUCCUGACAAAAACAUUGGAAGUGAGGAGAUUGCGGCAGAGAAAGAGGAGAUUGCAGAGAAGAAGGACGAGGGACAUUGCGUCCCUAACAAGACUGAGGAAAGAAUUGAAGCGGCCCUUUUUGGUGAGGCUGCCAAAGCAUUUGAGGAGGUUGCAGAGAAGAAGGAAGAGGGGCACCGUGUCCCUAACAAGAUAGAGCAAAGAAUGGAAGCGGCCCUUUUUGGUGAGACUGCCAAAGCAUUUGUGGAGAUUGCAGAGAAGAAGGAUGAGGGACAAGUUGUCCCUUGUAAGACUGAAGAAAGAAUUGAAGCAGUUGAUUUUGAGGCCGCCAAAGCACUUGAGGAGGCUGCAGAGAAGAAGGACGAGGGGCACUGUGUCCCUAACAAGAUUGAGCAAAGAGUCGACGCGCCUGACAGCGAGGAUAAUGCCAAACCAUUUGCAGAGAAGAAGGACGAGGGGCAAAGUGCUCCUGACAAAAGCAUUAGAAGUGAGGAGAUUGCGGCAGUGAAAGAGGAGAUUGCAGAGAAGAAGGACGAGAGACAUUGCGUCCCUAACAAGACUGAAGGAAGAAUUGAUGCGCUUGACAGUGAAAAGACCGCCAAAUUGUCAGAGGAGGUUGCAGAGAAGAAUGAGGAGGAGAAUUUUGCGCCUGACAAAAGCAUUGGAAGUGAGGAAACUGCUGUAAAGAAAGAAGAGAUUGCGGAGAAGAAGGAUGAGGGGCAUGAUGUCCCUUGUAAGACUGACGAAAGAAUUGAAGCGGCCCUUUUUGGUGAGGCUGCCAAAGCAUUUAAGGAGGUUGCAGAGAAGAAGGACGAGGGGCAUUAUGUCCCUAACAAGACUGAGCAAAGAAUUGACGCGCCUGACAGCGAGGAGAUUGCCAAAUCAUCUGAGGAAGUUGCUGAGAAGAAGGAUGAAGGGCAAUUUGGCCCAGGAAAGCUGGAGAGCCAGCCAAAUCUUGAAGCAGAAGACAUUAUCGAGACCUUCUGUAUCGACUAUGGUUGCUCCCGCGAUCAUUUGCCUGAUCUCAGAGGAGCUGGGAGCCUCGAUGGAAACAAGGAAGAAGAAUUUAGAGGAGGUGCUGGUGGAUCAAAUGCCACCAAAAAGAAGAGAGAUAUUGGCGACUGUCUGGACAAGAUAGCCUCCCUUUUGAAAGACAAGAAGGUCGAAGAUGCCAAGGAAUUGGAGGCACAACAAACCACAUGGCAAUCGUUGCACAAAGCGCUUGAAGAAGGAGAGAUCCCCAGAGGAGAAAUAGCUAUUGUUAAGGAUGUUCAACAGCUUAGGCAAUUGCAAACUUUGGCUCACGACCUCAAGAUCAACAAGUCCCUGCUUCUUGUCGCAAAGAAAGUUGGCAAUGAUGACAUCCCGGAUACUUGCCACAGCUUGUUAUUGCCUUGGAUGGGUAAUCUUGCAAUGAUCGAUGCCGUGGUUGGGAACCUCAACAAGCAGAAACCCAAUUUGGAGCUUGAGAAAAUUCAGAACUGCAAAAUGGAAACUGCCAAGAGAGAUGACUUGGUUUCACUGCGUUUGACGGCACCAUGGAAAUAUAUCUCUGAGAAGAACAAGCAGAUCUUGCUUCAGAAGCCGGAGUUUUCUGCACGGCUACUCAAUGACAGCUUGAAAGAAGCAAGCAAGCAUGAGAUCAACAAGAUGAUGAACUGCUCUGGCAAGAAUGGUAUCUUUGUGACACGCUUGUCACAAGACAUCACUACAAAACCUGCUGCGCUUUGGGUUACAAAAUUGGAGGGAGAAAGUCAUGAAGAAUAUCUACAGAGAACCCUGCAGGAAGCAAAAGGAGCUCCUUUGACCUGGCGAAGAGGAGACGGCAACGAUCUUGGAUAUCAUUGCAGUGAAAAUGAUAUCACUGACAAAUCCUGGGCUCUGUGGGGCAUCCCUCCUUUGAAUGGCCCGGGAAUGGUCGAAGAUUGGCUUGGACAACAGGGCUGGACUUUAAAAACAAGACCCCAGCCACCGCGAGGGAAAGGAAGUCCUUGGAAAAUUUUUGGGCAAUGCAGCGAGAAACAGAGCGCCUACGCUUGCCAGGUUGAGAUUGAUGACCGCAUCAGGCGUUUGUCGAUUGUCCCAUGGAAGACAAGCCGCAAACCCAAAGAAGAAAUCUUUCAGGUCAGUGGGCCAAGAUGGUUUAGUAAGAAUUUUCAAUAUGAGAGGAUUGGUCCUACGCAAGUUUUGGAACCAACACAGAUUGAUGCCAACAUGGAAGAUGGCCAAACCGAAAUUGAAGACAAUCACAAGGUUAUCUCACCGCCGAAGAAGAAGGUCAAACCUUCGAAAUUGCGAGGGGGUGAACCUGGACCAGAAGGUUCGAAUCUUCGUACCCUUGAGCUUGGGGGUACGGGGGAUUGCGGUUGGCGCUCUAUUGCACAUCAGCUGGCUGCUAUCAAUUCCAAAUCCAGCAACUUGGCGGACAAUGUCAUUUCCAAAAUCGCGGUCCUGGGCAAAGCUUUACGGAGUCAAGCCUUAUUUCACUUGUGCGAAGUCGACCGCGAGUGGCAGAAGUUUUGGGCACCAGAUGAUGCAUGGACUCCAUUGACAGAAGACGGACCACCAGCAAAGGACAUCAAAAGCUUUGCGACAGAUGUCUUGCACCGCGACAACCGAUGGAUCUGUCACUAUUGCUUGAUGGCAGUCGCAGCAGUCAAAAGGAUCCGCAUCAUAGUCUGGCAAUAUAGAGGAGAUGAUCCUACACCAUGGACCAAGAUUGCGGUGAUUUCUCCGAAUGAGUACAAGAAAAGAUUUCCAAUAGUUCACCUUGCCAAAGACGGAGGCCACUACAUGCCACUGAUCUCCGACUCUAUGCAAAAGCCUGACUACAACCUCCUUGAGACUGGUUCUGCAUGGUCUGCAAAAGGAAUCCAGAACAGCAUCAAGACUGAGACCAAGCAAAUUUUUCGAGCCGGAGGAGAAGAAGAAGAAAUGGAUGGAAGAAGUACUCAUGAACCUUCCAUCACUGGAAAUGGCACCACGCAUGGACUCGAAGGUGGACAAAAUGGACCCAAAGGCCUUCAUUUGCGCACCCUUGAACUUGGAGGUACAGGAGAUUGCGGAUGGCGAUCCAUUGCCUUCCAGCUGGCCGUUCUCAAUUCAAAGCCUGGCACUUUGAACAAGAAUGUCAUGCCCAUGAUCACCAACUUGAGCAGAAUCCUCAGGAGCCAAGCACUUCAAUUUCUUUGUGAAAUGGAUCGAGAUUGGCAAGAGCAAUGGGUUCCUGACGAGACAUGGACUGUUUUGACAGAAGAUGGACAACCUGCCAAAGAUUUGCAUACUUUUACAACAGACACCUUGCACCGUCCUAAUAGGUGGAUUUGUCACUAUGGUUUGCAAGCUGUCGCUACGAUCAAGCAGGUGCAUUUGGUGAUUUGGCAAUUUAAUGAUGACAUUGAGGAGCCAUGGACUAGGAUCGCUACGAUCUCUCCGAAUGAUGAGGAGAAACACUAUCCAUAUGUUCAUCUUGCAAAGGAUGGAGGACACUACAUGCCUCUGAUCCCAGACACGAUCCAGAUCCCUGGCCAAGAGCUGCGACCAAAUGGCAGAACCUGGAAAUCCAAAGAAAUUCAGCGCAAUACGAGCAUCAGAGGUGGAGGAACCAGUGAUAAAUUUGAACCUGAUUUCAACGCUGUCUCUGGUUUCCAGGAGACCAUUGAUGAUCUCCUGAAGCCACCUGACCCCUGGACCACGCCAUCGAAAGCUGCUGGCACACCUUUAAGCCCCAAAACUGCAAAGACGUUUGACGCUAUGGAAUUUCUUCGAACUCCUAGGACUCCUGCAUCUCCUAUGAUUUCUUUGAAAGAGAUCGGAAAGAACAUUUGUGAGCACAAAGCCUUGAAGACUCACCAGUGGGAAUGCCCUUUCUGUCAAUAUCGAUGCGCUAUUACAGGUCCAUGCAAGAGAACACAAGAUAUCAGGACACAUCUUGACAAAUUCCAUGCCGUUGAGACCGCCAAGAUCAAGAAGAGAAACAUAGAAGAUGGAUCCUCAGCAACAGGUCGACACGGCCUUGGGAUGGCUAACUUGUUGAAGCCUAUCCCAUUCCGGAAGAUCUCAAAGAAAGAUGCCAAAAUUAUGUGCCCCUUUUGCGGUCUUGGCACUGAGGUACAGCCCAACAAUGCUGCGCUCAGGAGGAAAACUUUGAAGCAUCACUUGAAAAUUUGCGCCAAAGCUCCAAAAGGCUGCACACUGAAAAUCUUCCGUGCGGAAAGAAUGAAGAAAGAAGGAGGAGUUUGUUUUGGAGAUGACAAGCAGCACAGAAACAAGAUGAUCAAGGGAAUUUGGAAAAAGGCUGACAAUCGAGCCCAAGAGCUUGGACAUGUCCCCAUGAGAGCAAGUACAAGAGAGAUCCAGAAUCCUCCCUUCAGUCAAACUCUGGAAGAAGUUCUUCAAGAAGUUUGGCAAAGAAAACUCUUCCUCGACAUGGAGCUCAAUGCCAAGCAACAAGGAAAGAUCCAAAGAGCACUACAUGAAAGCGACAAACGAAAUGCGAUCCUGAAGGAGAGAAGAAAGAAGCAUGGCAACAAGAAGAUUUCCAAAAAGGAGCACAAAAGAUUGAGAAUUGAAGGUUUGAGAAGCAAAGCUAUCAAAGAAGCCAAGAGUCUUGGCCAUGCGAAGCUAUACAAGAGUUUGCAGCUCAACACCGAAGAGAAAGAACUCAUCGAGGAGAACAUCAAGGAGUACACCAAGCGAAAGAAGGAAGACAGUGAGGAGGAUGAGAAAGUGACGCGUCAGACCAAAAGUGAGGAUGAGGGGGCAUCUUUGACUUGCACAAAAUGUGGAACAGAGCAUCAGCUUGAGCCUGGCCAAUUUUUGGGCCUAAAACGACAAGGACUUGAGGAGGAAACAUUUUGCUGCGAAAUGUUUGGUAGGAACUGCAUUAUCGAUUCUUCAUCUGAGUCCGACUUUGAGAAUUUUGGGAAGUCUUCUUUCGAGGACAUGAACUGUUUGGCGACUGAGGGGGUUGGCAAACAGUUUUUACGUUGCGUUCCAAGCUACAUGGAGGAUUGGAUCCAGGAGGCCAAAGACAGCAACUUGGAAGAAUCCGACUUUGUACAGUGGCUUAAAGAUUUUGAGGAUGACAACCUGCACAUCCAUUUACAUAUCAAUGAGGACACUUGGCUCACCACAUCAGCGAUUGAAGACACGUUUGCAGAAGCGGAAGUUGCAGAAGGAGACAUCAGCAUUGAGGAGCUAUUGAGGCCUUGUGACAGUGAGGAUGGUGAGCAUAUUUCGAGGACAUCAGAUGUGGAAGAUGAGGAAGCGCAACCUUCCUUUGCCCUAACCUACGUCAAAAAAGAGGAGGAGAACAAUUUGAUGAAAGAUGAAGAACCUUUCCCUUGCGUGCAUGAGGAGAAGGAGGAUGUUGUCAUUUUCAAAAACAUGAAACAAAGUGAAGAGCCAGAGAAGAAGGAUGGGGGUCCUUUUGACCCCAGCAAGAAUGAGGAGGAAAUCGAAAAGAAGAGGGAUGACGAGUCAUUCACUUGCGUGCGUGAGGAGAAAGACAAUGUCGUCUUUGAUGAAAGCAUAAAACAAAGAGAGGAGCCAGAGCAGAAGGAGAAGGACAACAUUUUAUUUGAUGAAAGCAUGAAACAAAGAGAGGAGCCAGAGAAGAAGGACGGGGGUCCUUUUGAUCCCAGCAAGAAUGAGCAUAGUAUUGAAAAGAAGGAGAAAGAUAUUUUGAAGAGGGAUGAGGGAUCCUUCACCUGCGUGCGUGAGAAGGACAAAGCUGCCUUUGAUGAAAACAUGAAACAAAGAGAGGAGCCAGCGAAGAAGGACGGGGGUCCUUUUGACCCCAGCAAGAAUGAGCAGAAUAUUGAAAAGAAGGAAGAAAAGAAUUUGACGAGGGAUGAGGGAUCCUUCACUUGCGUGCGUGAGGAGAAGGACAAUGUUGUCUUUGACGAAAGCAUGAAACAAAGAGAGGAGCCAGAGAAGAAGGACGGGGGUCCUUUUGACCCCAGUAAGAAUCAACAGAAUAUUGAAAAGAAAGAAGGAAAGAAUUUGAAGAGGGAUAAGGAAUCCUUCACUUGCGUGCGUGAGAAGGACAAAGCUGUCCUUGAUGAAAGAACAAAACAAAGAGAUGAGCCAGCGAAGAAGGAGAAGGACAAGGUCGUCUUUGAUGAAAGCAUGAAACAAAGAGAGGAGCCAGAGAAGAAGGAUGGGGGUCCUUUUGACCCCAGUAAGAAUGAGCAGAAUAUCGAAAAGAAGGAAGAAAAGAUUUUGAAGAGGGAUGAGGGAUCCUUCACCUGCGAGCGUGAGGAGAAGAUUGAAGGAGACGAGGAAGCAGAGGGCAUCAUCGAAACCUUUUGCAACAUCCUUGGAACUCCUGGCCAGCAUUUGCAUGAGCUCAGAGGUGCAGGAAGUUCUAUUGAAGAGGACAAGAAGGAGGAAAUUAGAGGUGGAGCAGGUGGCUCUAACGCCACCAAAAAGAAGCGAGAUAUUGGAGAUUGUUUGGACAAGAUUGCAUCCAUGCUCAAAGACAAAGCAAGCGCUGAAGAAGCAAAAGAACUUGAGGAGCUCAUUAAGGAGGCCAAGGGACACCUUGGCAAUACGAAAGCGCAAGGUCAGAGUUUCUAUGGGAAGUCUCAAGCUGUGAGCAACUCUGAGGGAAAAGGAGGUGGCAAAGGGAAAUCAAAGUCAAAAGGGAAAUCUAAAAGUGAAGAUCUUCCCCGAUUUGAUCUUUCGAGAAGGAUGUUCAGCACCUUAGACAGCCUCAAACACUUGCGCAUGACCUCAAGAUCAAGAAAGUCGCUCCUGCUGGUUGCAAAACGUGUGGGCAAUGAAGACAUUCCGGAGACUUGUCAAAGCCUCCUCUUGCCUUGGUUGGGGAAUCUUGCUUUGAUCGAUGCUGUGGUUGGGAACCUCAACAAGCAGAAGCCCAACCUUGAGAAGGAGAAGAUACAUGAAUGCAAAAUGGUGACUGCAAAGCGUGAUGAUUUGGUGUCCUUGCGUUUGACUGCGCCCUGGAAAUACAUCAGUGAAAAGAACCAGCAGAUCUUAAAGCAGAAACCAGAGUACUCAGCGCAUCUGGUCUGUGACGACUUGAAAGAAGCCCGAACCAACAAAUGGGAAAGCUCAGACCCUUUGCUGACAGGAUACCUCUUGAUUGACAAGCGGGAGGAGGCCAAAGGAGCACCGCUGACCUGGAGACGUGGUGAUGGCAACGACCUUGGCUAUCACUGUAAGGAAGAGGACAUCACAGAUAAAUCCUGGGCAGUUUGGGGUGUUCCUGCAUUCAACGGCCCUGGCAUGGUUGAAGAGUGGCUUGGACAACAAGGAUGGACUUUGAAAACAAGGCCACAGCCACCCCGUAGCAGAGGCAGUCCCUGGAAAAUCUAUGGACUAUGCAAUGAAAAGCAGAGCGCUUAUGCAUAUCAAGUUGAGAUUGAUGGCCAGAUCAGACGCUUAUCGAUUGUGCCUUGGAAAAGCAGCCGCAAACUGAAGGAAGAAACUUUCCAAGUUAGUGGCCCACGAUGGUUUAGUGAGCACUUCCAGUAUGAGGAGGUUGGUCCUACGCAAGUCCUUGAACCUACUCAGAUUGACAUGGAGGAUGCAGCUGAUGAUGGAAACAAAAUUACCUCUCCGCCAAAGAAGAAAGUCAAGCCUUCAAAGCUCAGAGGUGGAGAACCUGGACCUGAAGGACUAAACUUGCGCACAUUGGAGGAUGGAGGAAAUGGCGACUGUGGAUGGCGUUCAAUUGCCUUUCAGCUUGCCGCUAUCAAUUCCAAAUCGAGCAACCUUGCUGACAGUGUCAUGUCCAAGAUUUCGAUCCUUGGCAAAGCUCUCAGAAGCCAAGCAUUAUUCCACCUUUGCGAAGUUGAUUUGGAAUGGAAGAAACAUUGGGUCCCAGAUGACGCUUGGAAUCAUCUCACAGAAGAUGGACCACCUGCACAGGACUUGGAAACCUUUGCGAAGGAUACCCUUCACCGUGACAACAGAUGGAUUUGCCACUAUGGCCUCAUGGCUGUCUCUGCUGUCAAGAAGGUCCAUCUUAUCAUGUGGCAAUACAAAGGUGAUGAAAAGGAACCAUGGUCAAAGAUUGCUGUGAUUUCUCCAAGCGACGAAAAGAAGCACCUUCCUAUCAUCCAUCUUGCAAAGGAUGGUGGACACUAUAUGCCUUUGAUUUCCGACACCAUGCAGAAGCCUGAUUACAGCCUCCUUGAGAACAGUGCUGCUUGGACCUCAAAGGGAAUUCAGAGCAAGUCCCCAGGAGAAAAGAAAGACAUUUUCAGAGCAGGUGGAAAAGAAGACAUUGACAAUGGCAACACAAGCAACAGAGGUGGAAUAGAUGGGCCCAAAGGCAUGCAUCUCCGCACUCUUGAUUUAGGCGGAGUUGGAGAUUGUGCUUUCAAUGCCAGGCAGGGAAAGCUCAUCAAUUGCGUUUUGCCAAAGAUUGAUUGCCUCGCCAAGAUCCUUAGAAGCCAAGCAAUGCACUUUCUUUGUGAAGUUGAUCAAGAUUGGAAAGAAAGCUGGGCGCCGGAGGAUACCUGGUCUUUCUUGACUGAAGAUGGACCUCCAGCUAUUGAUCUGCAUACCUUCAUGACGGAGACCUUGCACAGAGAAAACAGAUGGAUUUGCCGCUUUGGCCUCUUCGCUGCAGCAGAAAUCAAGAAGGUCAACCUGAUCAUUUGGCAAUACAACAACAAUGAUGAAGAACCAUGGACAAAAAUUGCUGUUUUUACGCCCAAGGAGACGAAACAAUUCCCGUGCAUCCACCUCGCGAAAGUUGGAAGCGACUAUAUGCCAUUGAUCUCUGACGAGAUUGUGAUCCCAGGCAAUGAGUUGCAGACUAAUGGACGCAACUGGAGACCCAAAAACUGGCAAAGGAGCAGUGAUUUUACUGCUGAUGUUAGAGGAGGUGGAAGCACUGCACAAUGUGACAAAAGCAACCGAAAUGAGAACAGACUCCAUGAUGAGAGCAUUGACGAUUUGCUUAAGCCACCGACUCCGUGGUCCACCCCUGAGAAGCAAGACGCCUGCUACACCUAUAUGAGCAAUGCCAAGAAGAUUGAGAACAGUGACUGCAACGACACUGACCUUCCCAAGGUUUGCCACUGGUCUUGCCCUUUCUGUCAGUUUCAGUGCUAUGCAGAAGAUUCUGGAAAGCGUUCACAAGUUAUCCGGUCCCACCUGGACAAGCUCCAUUCAAUUGAGACUAGAAAGGCCAAAGAGAACAUCAGAGAAGGAUCCUCCACUUCUGGGCGACAUGGUCUUGGCAUUGAAAAGUUGCUGAGACCAAUCCAGUUCCAGAAGAUCACCAAAGAGAAAGCAAGGAUCAUUUGUCCGUAUUGCAAACUUGGUGCAGAUACCAAUCCUGGCAAUGCUGCGCUUAGAAAGAAAACUUGGAAACAUCACUUGAAGUCAUGCACAAAAGCGCCAAAAGACUGCACCCUCAAGCUCUGGAAAAAGUUCAUCAAAAAGUUUGGCCAAAAGUUAUUUGAGGAUUUGGAGCUCAACAUGCAACAGCGAGAGAAGAUUCAAACUGCGAUCCAGAAAAGUGAUCAGAGGAAAUUGAGCUUGAAGAAAAGACAGAGAAGGCAGGGCUCCAAGAAAGUUUCCAAGAAGGAGCACAAAAGACUCAGGCUUGCUGGCUUGAGGAACAAAGCGUUGAAAAGUGCCAAAGAUUGCGGCCACGACCCUGUCAGAUUGGAUUUCCAACGGCUUUGGCAGUCUGGUGGCUGUUCCAACCUUAUCUGUAGGAAGUGCUGGAGAAUCAGCCAACAUACCAAGCAAUGGCGAAGCAAAUGCAUUGGUCACCACAGAGCAGCAAGAUCCAUCCUCCCAUCACGCGCUUGGUGGAAGAAUUGCAUUGAAAAGAUUGGCAGCGAGAAGCUCUUCAAGAUCAUGCAGUUGAAUAGCAGUGAGAAGAUGUGCGAUGAGUUUUGCAACAAGCGUGGCUAUGCGGCUAUUGCUCUUCAGGUUCAGAAUAUCCUCAUGGUUAACAGCUAUUGCCCCCCUAUGCCAGGGGAGAUCCACCAACAUGCGAUAGAGUUUGAGGAGCUCCUCAUUAAACUUGACUGGCAGGGACCCAUUUUACUUUGCGGCGAUUGGAAUCAGGAACCACAUGAAUGCCUUGUGGCAACCCUUGCCACAAUGUACGGAUGCUCCACUGCUGAUUCAUUGGAGACCUCUUCAAGGUGGCAAGGACACCGGCUCAUCGAUUUCUUUAUUUCGAACAUUUCCCAGCUUUGUUUUCGAGCGUUGGGGGCCCAGAUUUCUGACCACAAAAUCAUGGAAGCAACUGUGCAACUGGAGCUUGCCUCUUACAAUGUCCAGCGUUUCAAGAAGGGCUCCAACUUUGAGAAACCACUUUGGCUCACUGGGAAAGAUUGGACAUCACUCAUCCAACAAGCAUUCGACAUCGAGAAGGCCACCAAUUGGCAGAGAGCUUGUAAGUUGGCUGAUGAUGAUACUCCCAUCCAAAGUCAAAUUGAUGAUCAAGACCACAAACAAGAGAUAGUCGAUAUCACUUGGAGGCUUUUAAUGUCCAAAGCUUUGACCACCUUCCAGACCGCCUUCAAGCUUGCUAUCCUUUGUAUCCCUGACCAUUUCGAAAACACAUGGGAAAUUAAAAGAGUUGAGAAGUUGGCCAACAAAAUCCAAGCUACUCGACUUUCUGUUGAGAAGCACUCCUGGGAUCAGCAAUCUCCACAAUUCCGUACGUCCAUGGCGAGGAGGAAGCUUAGGAACAAGUUGAAUCUAGCUCAUGAACUCUCCAUUCUCCUGCGGAAAGGCAACAUCUCCCACCAGUCUUACAGCUUGAUGCGGAAGCUCUAUGGAAAACACAAUGACAACAUCGAUGACAUCAACCUUCAGAUGGUUUUGAAUGACAUGCAAACUUGGGAAACGCAAAUCAUGAAACUUGAAAACGAAGACAAAGAACUUGCGUGUAGGAGAUGGAGGAGGAAGAUUGUUGCUGACACUACGUACCGAGCAAACUGGAUCAACAAGAAGAAGAUCAGCUAUUAUCCUCAGGUUCAGCACCAGGGCAGAACUUCCACAUCGAAACCUACUGCGGUGGAACUCAUCAAAGAGUUUGACAUGAAUCUCAAGAACAAUGUCCUGAUGAAUGGUGAUCAAAGAAGACAAACAGUCCGAGAAAUAGCUCACCAUCUUCACAACUAUCGAGAUAGAGUCCAAGGCAGAGCUCCCAAUUUAAAUGACCUCCAACAUGCAAUUUCGAAAGCCAAAGGAGGUCCAGGCCUUGACCAAUGGAACCAUUUUGAGAUCAAGUUGCUUGCGAAGAUACCAGAGUUUUUGAAUGAAAUUGGCCAGAACUUCAAGCUUUGGGCAGACCUUGGCAUUACUCCUUCAAUUUUGGCGGAGGUCAAGGCCACUUACAUUCCGAAGGCUAGCAAGAUCCCAAAGGGUGCACAUAAAGGGCCUUAG